CAACUUGUCUACGGCCAAAGUUUCUUUUGAUUCAGAAAUGGCAGAACCAAACUCCAAUACUCAUUUGCUCGAAGAGCUUGAGUCACUUAGCCAAUCCCUCUACCAAACUCAUAUAUCUACUACGAACCGAAGAACUGCCUCCUUUGCAGCGCCAAGAACUUCAGUUCCAUCCAUAUCAGCUCUGGAUGAGAUCAAAACAGCAAAAAUUGACGAGAAAUCGAAUACUAGAGUGCGUUCCAGGCGCAUGUCCUUGUCUCCAUGGCGUUCAAGGCCAAAACUUGAUGAUGAGGAUGAGCAGAAGAACCAAGGGAAGGUAGAGAGUCAGCCACAAAUCAAGAUUGUUGAUGAAAAGGCAACCAGUACCGCAGAAAAGAAGGGUAUUUGGAACUGGAAACCAAUCCGAGCUCUUUCACAUAUCGGGAAGCAGAAACUCAGCUGUUUGUUUUCAGUUGAAGUUGUGACAGUACAAGGCCUUCCAUCAUCCAUGAAUGGGCUGCGUCUUUCUGUCCGUGUUAGGAAGAAGGAAACCAAAGAAGGAGCAGUUAACACAAUGCCAUCGAGGGUUUCACAGGGAGCUGCUGAUUUUGAAGAGACCUUGUUCGUCAAGUGUCAUGUGUACUACACUCCUGGCAAUGGAAAGCAAAUGAAAUUUGAACCGAGACCAUUUUGGAUUUACGUCUUUGCAGUUGAUGCAGAAGAGCUUGAUUUCGGACAAAGUUCUGUCGACUUGAGUCACUUGAUUCAGAAAUCAAUAGAAAAAAGCUUUGAGAAUUCUCGUGUUCGACAAUGGGACAUGAGUUUCAAUCUAUCAGGAAAGGCAAAAGGAGGAGAACUUGUCCUCAAAUUGGGAUUUCAAAUUAUGGAAAAAGAUGGAGGUAUUGGUAUUUAUACUCAGGCUGAGGGAUCGAAGGCGAAUAAAUCAAAAAAUUUAUCAUCUUCUUUCGGCCGUAAGCAAUCGAAAACAUCCUUUAGCAUCCCUAGUCCAAAGAUGACAAGUAGAAGUGAAGCAUGGACUCCUUCACAGACAAAAGCUGCAGCAGAUCUUCAAGGAAUGGAUGACUUGAAUCUAGAUGAGCCAGCUCCAGUUCCUACACCUGCGCCGCCCUUGGAAAAGUUGGAAAAAGCAGAACCAAAAAUAGAAGAUGAUAUCCCAGACUUUGAAGUUGUGGAUAAAGGAAUUGAGAUUGAAGAGAACGAAGAGAUUGGCGAAGAGUCGUCUGAAGCAAACACAGAUGUAAAGUCAGCAUCAAGUGAGGUAGUUAAGGAGGUGGUGCAUGAUCAGUUACAUCUGGUAAGAUUAACAGAGCUCGACUCAAUUGCUCAGCAGAUAAAAGCUCUUGAAUCAAUGAUGGGGGAGGAAAGAACAGCUAAGAUGGAAGAUGAAACUGGAUCACAAAGACUGGAUGAAGAGGAAGAAACAGUGACAAAGGAAUUUCUUCAAAUGCUUGAGGAAGAAGAGGCUUUUGAAUUCAAACUCAAUGAUCCUGAAAUUAUCCCUCUGCAGCUUGACGGAGCUGAUAAUUCAAUAGAAGCUGACUCAAAGGUGUUUCUUCCAGAUCUCGGAAAGGGCUUAGGUUGUGUGGUUCAAACAAGAGAUGGGGGCUACUUGGCUGCCAUGAAUCCUUUGGAUACUUUAGUCGACAGGAAAGACACUCCAAAGCUAGCAAUGCAGAUGUCUAAACCUCUGGUUAUCCAAUCACAAAAUUCCACAAAUGGGUUUGAACUAUUUCAAAAAUUGGCAGCCAUUGGGCUUGAAGAGUUCAGCUCCCAAAUUUUCUCAUUGAUGCCAAUGGAGGAACUAAUGGGUAAGGCAGCAGAACAGAUAGCUUUUGAAGGCAUUGCAUCUGCCAUUAUCCAGGGUAGAAACAAAGAAGGUGCUAGUUCUAGUGCAGCCCGUAUCAUUGCUGCCGUUAAAGACAUGGCAACUGCAAUGAGUACUGGUAGGAGGGAGCGAAUCUCAACAGGAAUUUGGAAUGUGAAUGAAAAUCCACUUAGAGCGGAGGAAAUUUUGGCAUUCUCAUUGCAAAAGAUUGAGGCAAUGGCAGUGCAAGCCUUGAAAGUUCAGGCAGAUAUGUCAGAGGAAGAAGCUCCCUUUGAUGUUUCUCCGCUAGGCGAAAAGGGUCAUGAUCGACCCCUGGAUUCUGCUGUUCCAGUUGAGGAUUGGAUUAAAAAAUACAGCUUGAUUACUCCCCAAAAAGAAGUAGGGGAACCAACAAUCUUUCUAGCAGUGGUUGUCCAGCUGCGGGAUCCAUUAAGACGAUAUGAGGCAGUUGGAGGUCCAGUGGUUGCGCUUAUUCAUGCUAGUUAUGCCAACACAAAAGUGGACAAGUAUGAUGAGGAAAAGAGAUUCAAAGUGACAAGUGCGCAUAUUGGAGGUUUGAAGGUAAGUACAGGAGGAAGGAAAAAUAUUUGGGUCAGUGAGAGGCAGAGGCUCACCGCAAUCCAGUGGCUUGUUGCAUAUGGAGUGGGAAAGGCAGGAAAAAAGGGUAAUACUGUGUUAUCGAGAGGGCAAGAUUUGCUAUGGAGCAUAUCCUCGCGAGUAAUGGCUGACAUGUGGCUUAAAGAAAUGAGAAAUCCAGAUAUACGGUUUGCAAACUGAAAUGAGACUUUCCAUUCCACUCAUAAGACCUGGAGUAGCCUUCUUGCAAUCUGACCUGCAUUCCGGAAAUGAAGGUUAGAGUAAAAAAGUAUUUUUAUGUGCACGCAUUCUCUGUUUCCUUACAAUGGUAGCACCAAUUUCCCAAGAAAACCUUUAUUAAACAAGGAUUUCAAAUUUCAAUGUAUGUGAUCUGAUGCAGGUGUAAGUAGCUUUAUCAAAAUAUUUUUGUAAUGGAAAAACAUUCUCAGUUCA